ACGACUAUGAUAAUAAUAAAAAAAAAAAACCAUCGGUAGCGCGGAUCCCUUAUCUCUCCGUCUCUCUCUCGGCGUUCGACGUACAUGUCGUCCGGUCGUCGUCGUCGUUGUUGUUGUUAUUACUGUUAUUACUAUCAUCAUCAUCAUCAUCAUCGUUACCUCACGACGACGGUAUUAUUGAUGUAAUUAUUGUUGUUGUUGUUGUUGUUGCUGUUACACAUGCACGAGCGUGACGCGUCGCCGCCGCCGCGCGAUCUCCGUCUUGCCGGCACGUCGUCCGUCCGACGGCGUUUCGCCCGGUGAACGUCCGGUCGCCCUGCAAGUUCGCCGGAUCCGACCGCAGGCUCCCGGCACUUCCGCUGUCGUGUUGAUGUCCACCGACAACCGUAGCCCGUAAGUAUGAUCCCUCAGUCUGUCGUGACUACUUCGGUCCCCGUACGAUACGGCAGCACCGUUCAUCGUAUUUCGCCGUUCGCGUUUGUGUGGUCUUGAUGCUUCGAACGAACCGAAUGAUAUGUCGUCGACGACGCAAAUUUUUCUGGUCAGCACUGUCCGUGUAAUUCAUUAUUGAGUCCCAGUCGAUUGUUGUAGUUGACAAGUGUCAUUACUCGACAUCUCCUCUGUGUAGAUUUUCAAUUUAUAGUAAUGGAAAAAGAAAACAAAUGUAAAGCUUAAUAAUGGUUUCAUACUCAGAUAGUGUAACAUCUAAUUUAACGGCGAUCGCCAAUAAUAAUAUUCAACAAACUGAUCAAGCAAUAUUUGAAGCUGAUAAGCGAGCUGUUUAUAAGCAUCCACUUUUUCCUUUAUUAGCAUUACUUUUUGAAAGAUGUGAACAAGCUACUCAAUCGGCAGCAAUUUCAAAUUCUGAAAGUUUUAAUAUGGAUAUACAAGCAUUUGUUCAACAUCAAGAAAGAGAUAGGAAACCCUUUUUAAUUAAUGAUACAGAAAUUGAUGGGCUGAUGAUAAAAGCUAUUCAAGUACUGCGAAUACAUUUACUAGAACUAGAGAAAGUUCAAGAAUUGUGCAAAGAUUUUUGUAGUAGAUACAUAACAUGUCUUAAAAUUAAAAUGCAAAGUGAAAAUUUAUUGCGUUCUGAUUACACAUCUGGUUACAUAGAAAAUAAUAGCAGUGGUAACUCAAGUAAUAGUAAUUCUCCAUUAUGCCAUUCUCCACACCAUAGUCAGGUGAUAUCCUCUUCAGGAGUUUCUGUGCGGCAGUCUGGAGACAACGAUGCUAUAAAGCCAAAAACAAUAAUGGAUUUAAAAAACAUAACCUGUCUUUUGUCAAAUAUACCAUCUUCCACAUCUAUAGAAAUGAAAGAUGUACCUCAAGUCUCGGAUGUUUCCCAGCUUGAUUUGACUGUCACCAAAUCUACACUUCAAAAUUCUUCUUUAGAAAAAACACCAUUAUCAGCAAUUGGUACAAACGUAUUACAGAGUAAUGUGUCUAUUUUACAUGGUUCCUUAUCAGCUACUAGUGGUGGCUCUUGUGAUGAAGAAGAUGACUAUUUUGGGAGUAAAAAGAAAAGGCAACAAAAAAGAGGGAUACUCCCUAAACAAGCUACAAGUGUAAUGCGCUCUUGGCUUUUUCAACAUUUAAUUCAUCCUUAUCCAACAGAAGAUGAAAAAAAAAUUAUUGCAGCACAGACUAAUUUAACAUUGUUACAAGUUAAUAAUUGGUUUAUCAAUGCACGGAGACGAAUAUUACAACCAAUGCUUGAUGCUUCUACUCCUGAUAUUGCUGGUGAACAAAACUUUACUCUUUCUAAAGAUAAGUCUGUAAUUGUUGAUAAUAACAAGUUUUCAUGGCCUGUUGACGAUAUAUUACAGUCUCAAAACGUCAAUGAAAAUUCAAAUGAAUCAAAUUUUGGUGAAAGUGAAGCAGAAGAUGAGGAUGAAGAAGAAAUUAGUGAUAUUUUUUCUCAACAUAGUGUUAAUGAAUCAGAUUAGUCACUGUUCUAAGAAUAAUCUCAAUACAUUGUGCAUUGUAUAUGAAAUAGUAAUCAUUUUAUAGAAUACUUACUAUUAUAAUAUAUACGGUUAAUAUUAAUGUUAAAUCCAUUUAAUAUGUCUCACACAUUAAACAAUGUGAGAUAAUUGACUUAAAACUUUUAUAAUGUAAUACAAAAUUAAUAUAAUUUACUGAAAACAUGCUCAUAUGUUUCAUAAAUUAUAUUAAAUGGUUUAAGUACUUAAGUGGUUUAUUAAAGAGUAUUAUUAUCAAUAAAUCAACUGAUGAAGUGUGUUAUUAUUAUAAAUAAAUGUUCCAAGCCUUUAUAAGUAUUAUAAGUAAUAAUAACUAAUCGAUGACUGUAAAAACAUUUUGUACAAAAGUAAAUUUGAUUUAGAAUAAUUAAUAUUGAUUGAUGUUCAACUAGAAUUAUUGCAUCAUUUAAUUACAUUAUAGAAUUAUAAUAUUAAAAAAUAAAACUACAGUCCAUUCCAAAUGAUAAUAUACCGGUUUGUACAUUGCUCAUUACUCAAUUCUCCCCUUCACCAUAUGCGGUAAAAGCUAUGAACAAUUACAAGCUGCCAAACUAAAUCUGGUUAAGCAACUGGUAUAUUUUUAUUUGAAAUGGACUAGAUAUUAUAAUUUCAUCUAUAUUUCAAGAUCUUGAGUCGUCCAUUUAUAGAUUUUUAAUACUAAUUUUUUAACCGGAUUAUUAUAAAGCUAUAUAUUUUUAAUAUGUUCUUUUUAAUUAAAACAGAACAUCACUAAAAAAAUAAUAAUACUACUUUUAUGAUUCCAUCUAUUAUAAUAACCAUUAAUAAUAAAAUUGCUGCAGAUUUUUCCUCAACCAAUAUUUUAACGCUUUGAAAAUAAAUAACAAAACCACAUUAAAAACUGUAGUGGACGGCGAAUUUUUCAAUUUAUUAAUUUGUUAUCUAUAUUAAAUAUAUAUAUAUACAUAUAAAAUUAAUUCUUAUUUUAUAAAUGUAACUGCUUGCAUUGUAUAUUUAUAACUUUUUGUUUGUUUAACUCUUUCAUUAUCUAAUUUUAAAUUUUUUUGAAAAAUUGUUUGUAUUCAUAUGUACUCAAUUAUUUUUAGGAUUCUAUGUUAACUUAUUUUUUUAUUCUUAUUCAUGUCUUAUACUAUACAUUAUUAUAAACAAAUUAAUUAUAUUUUAGAAAAAGUCUGCAUAAUUAUUAUAAUAAAUAUUAUACAAUAUAACUUCAGUAUAAUAUGUAAUCUUUCAUGAAAUUUUAAUGAUUUUAGAUUUGAAGUAACAUUAUAAUUUUAGUAAACAUUAAACAAUUCUCUAUAAACUAAUACUUUAUAAAAAUAUUUUGUUAUUUAUUUAUUUAUUUAUUUUUUUUCAUUUAAGAUAUUAAUUUUUUACGUAUAUUUUAUAUUAUAUAUAUUUACAUUUUUAAAUCUUUUAUAAAUUAUUCAAGACAAAAGAUGUUUAUGUGGUUUCCUUAUAAAAAGUUUAAUUCAUAACAUCAUACAUUUUUAAAUGAAAUAUAAUUUUUUUUUUUUUUUAAUUCAUCCUAUAUUAUUUAUACUUUUUUUUCAUUAUUGAAAUAAUUGUAGAUAAUGUAAAAUCAACUAUUCUAUAUGUAUUUUAUGUUUGAAAUAAUACCAUAUAAGUAUGUCAUCAUUUAAAAUUGUACUUGCUUAUUGUUUUAUGUGAAAUAAAUCAUAAAUUGAAUAAUAAUAUAAUAUAA